GCUUGUCUGGCUGGAUGGCGCCGGAAUAAUGGGCAAGAGCUGUUCGAAUGGCAUCUAGGUAGGAUUCUGGACAUGUAUGUACGAGCCACCUGCGGUGAUAAGUGUGGAGUCACUGAGUGUGCAGUGGGAAUAAGCAAAAUUCCCCACGGAGCCUCGGAGGUACCAUCUGUCCAGAGUCCAAGUGCAUAUUUCGAUAACAGUUUCUCUUUCUUUCUUUCUUUCUUUCUUUCUUUCUUUCUUCCUUCCUUUCUUUCGUUUUGUUUUCAUUUUCGCCAUUUCUUUAUCCAACUCUACUCACUCGCAAUCUUACCCCCCAGCGCAGCCUUGGCUGGUUGCAUAGAGGCGUGUAUGUAUGUAGAUACUCCAAGAGCCCAAGUGGUGGUGGUCUGGAGGAGGGAGGAGGAGGGCGCAUGGAGAAAACCUCCAGGGUAGCCGGAUGUGGCAAUCUUCCUGGUUCGAAUCCAGCCCCCCGCCGCCCAGCCCAUCAGCCCAUCCAC